GAUGCCAGCUUCUAGAUGCAUGACAAAUAAGUGCAAACUUUGCCCAGCCCUAAUACAGGGAGGGUCCUGGAGCUCCAGAGAUGGCCGUAUUACUAAAAAGAUUGAGGGAGACCUCAAUUGUAAUUCAGACCACUUGUUCUUCAUUGCUGAUUGCAAAAAGUGCAACUGGGCUAUGGCUAGUUUCACCAUAUCUCCACUACAUAGAAUGUAUGGAUUUUCAUUAAAAAAAUCAAAAACAAGCAAAGACAAUGUUGGAGCUCUGGCUCUUCAUAUGAGGACCUGCAACACUACCAACAUAAGAAUCCUUCCUAUCAUGGUCCACCAGAGACAGAACACUUCCAUGUCAAGAAAAGGGACAAACCCGAAUGAGUUCCCUUGUAGUACCAGACCAACAAUAGUUAGUAUCCAAGGGGUUACCCUGGAGCUCUUGGAGAAUUUUAAUACACCUCUGCCUAAGGAGUUAGCUCAUGAGCAAUAUGAGAACUCAGUUCUCUGUAACAAUAAAUACUCUUAUGUGGGUCUGAGUAGACCCACAUUGAAUAACCUACGAAAAGAUAAUCUAGACCUUAGGAACAAAGUGGUAGAGCUAGAAAGUACAAUCAAAGCAAGCUCCAGGAAGGGGCUUCAUCAAGUUCUUCCCACUUCCAGAACAGGAUACUGUGGAAAAUUCAAAAUAGAGCCAGUGACAAUUAACCUUGAGGAUCUUGACUCCAACUCUACACCAGGAGCUCAACAAACUAUAGACAGAGGAGCUCAACAAACUCCAGACAAAGAAAUGGUCCCUACCAAGGAACAGACUGAGGAGGAAGAAGAUGAUGACAACUAUGAUGAUAUGGAAGAUGGUGAGUAUCAAUAUGAAAGCACUCCAAAAGAGAAUAGCAAUAUUGGAAUACAACAAAGACUCCUAAUCAAAAGAUCAGGUGAUGAAUUUGAAUACAGACUUUGGCAAUGGACCCCUAAACAAAACCAAGCUCCUAGAAGAACAAAAAAAACAGGAAGAAAGACACCCUACUCCAGAGCUCCAGACAAACCCAGAUGGGUACAAGUCACAAAGAGCCAGACUGCACCUGAUGCAAAUGGUUUUAAAGGUUCUCUAAGUGACAAGGAAAAAGCCCUGACUAGAGCUAUGAGUAAAACUUACAGUUCUAUUCACCAGAUUGAGAGACUUAAGGAAUAUAACCCUUGGACCAAAAAGGCCAUGGAUAUGAUGGACUCAAUUAGAAUCACAGGAGGUCCAUUACUGGGGAAAGACUCAACCACUACAUGA